CGUGCACCCUGAGCCAGCCCUGGCACACUCGACCGUGGCGGUGGCUGUGGCCGUGGCGGUGGCCGUGACCGUGGCCAUUCGUGUGCGUGCGUGGGGGCCGGCCCUGCCUCGAGGAGCCGCUGGCAGUGCGGUGGCAGGACGCUGAGUGGACACCAUGGUCCCAGGGGCCCCCAGCUGGUGUCUGCUGGUGGGGUUCUGCACCCUCGGUCCCCCUGCCACCAUCCAGGGGGUACCUGAAGAGGAUGUGACACUCAGCACCAGGACAGAGGAGCUGGGAUACCACCUCGCCCAGGAUGUGGACCCCCUCCAGGACCCCCAGCGCUGUGGCAUCACCUUCCACACCCCCAGCCCUUGCAGCCCCCUUGGACCUCCUGUCUCUGUCUCUCGUGAUGAGCUGGAUCAUCUCAAGAACCUCUUGCAGGACACCAAGGCCAGCCUGAAGGAUGUGGAGAUGGCGGCCACACUGGAGGACAACCAGACCCGCUACCAGGACAUCAUCACCGAGGCGCUGCCUGCCAUCCAUGGGGCCAACCUGGAAUUUCAGGAGAGCCUGGAUAAUAUCCGCAGGGAGCUGGAGGCUCACAUGGCUGAGGCUGAUCACCCACAAACAGCUGAGAAGAAGGAGAAGCUGUGGAAGGGUGUCCACGUAAUGGCCCACAUGCUACGUCUCACUAGGCGCCUGGCCCAGACCCUCGACGAUGCCUCCCACCACCUCCACGCUGAGCUGAGCCGGCACUGGCAGAGCUUGGCUGCCCAAGCCACCACCACCGCCGAGCCCUAGGACAGUGGGGACGGGCUCCACUGUCACCCUGUGUAUGGCCUUGCUUGCUGGUAGGACCCCAACCCAGCUCAUCUCCACAGAUUUUGGGGUGUCCUGGCUCCUCUCCCCAGCUCUGGGAGCUGAGACUUUGUUUGCAUGAGGUGGUUGCAGAGAGGUCUGGACACUGGAGCUGGCAGCACCAGGAAGGGACAGGAGGUUGGUACCCUCUACCUGGUGCCAUCGCACACACGAUGCCAUCACUCGUGAUGCCAUUGCACACAUGAUGCUGUUGCACAUGUGUCACCAUCACACAUAUGAUGCCAUCGCAUAUGUGAUGCCCUUCACCCCGGCCCCAAGUGUUUGAUGCAUUUAUCCUGCAGGAGCUCAGCCAUCAUAUAGCAGAGCCUGGUGCCACCGUGUGUACUCAGCCCCUUGCCCGGGGGAAAACCCUUCUGUGGGGAGUUACUUCCUAUCCCCAGCAGACCUCUGCAUCCCUUUGGUCCUCCCUGGAAGAGCUUUAGCCACACGGGCUCCCUUUUUUCACAGCUAUCCAGCCCCAUGUGCCAACAGCUAAGCCAUCACACCCCGAGCCUGGCCUGAACCGGGCUCCCAGGGCUCCCCAGAGGGUCUUAAAAAUUAAGUCCAGCUCUUUUGGCACUUAGCUGCAUCUCGCCAGUGGUCCAGCAGCAUCACUGCCCUCCUGGCAUGGGUGCUGCCACUGCCAGCCCCAGUUAAUCCUUCACUCUUGGGAACACCUUGUCCAGGCUUGGAAGAGCCUUUUUGCCCCUGGGGUGGCAGGAGCGGAGGCUGGCUCUGGAGCUGCAGGCAGGGCGGAGGGGAGGGAGCUGCCCAGCCUGCGCAGGGCAGAGCAGGCAGCAGGAGAGCGGUUGGAGAUGAGCUGCUUGGCAAUAAAUUGAAACUGGCAACUCCAGUGUUCCCAACCCACUGAGGUCUGGGCAGCAGGAGAACAGCUGGAGGCAGAAAAUCUCUCUGUGUUUGCAAGCCUGGAUGUUCUCCCGGGAGGCUGGAGGGAAUGGCCAGGGCCACCCCGGCACGUCGGGCUUGGGGCACCCUGCUAUCCCCGUGGUGCACCCUAGGGAUGGGCAAGAGGCAGAAAUACCCCUGGGCAGUAGCAGCAGCGCUUCUGCAGGAGCUGCAGGCAGCAAAAUAAAGAUGCAUUGCACUCUGCCAGGCG